AUGCCUGAAGAAAACUGCACCACACUGACCGAGUUCAUUCUCUUGGGUUUUACCGACCGUCCAGAGGUGGAGAAACCGUUGUUUGGGCUCUUCCUACUCAUCUACGCCACCACUUUGGUGGGGAAUGCUGGCCUUAUUGUCCUCAUCCAGCUCAACGCCUGCCUUCGUACCCCCAUGUACUAUUUCAUAAGCAGUUUAUCUUUCUUAGACCUUAGCUGUUCAUCUGCCAUUGCUCCCAAGAUGCUGGUGAAUCUGUUAGCACAACGGAAGACCAUUUCUUCAGUAGGCUGUGCAACACAGAUGUUUCUCUUCGCCGCCUUCGCUGAUGCCGAGUGCCUCAUUUUGGCUGCGAUGGCCUAUGACCGCUAUGUGGCCAUAUGUCACCCUCUUCUCUACACCGUCGCCAUGUCCCACAGGGUCUGCACCUCCAUGGUAGCUGGGGCUUAUCUCAGCGGGGCUCUGACCUCACUGGUGCACACGUCCUUCACAUUCACAUUGUCAUUCUGCAGCUCCAAUGUGAUCAACCAUUUCUUCUGUGAUAUCCCCCCGCUGCUGGAGCUCUCCUGCUCCAACACACACACCAGCGAGGUCCUUCUCUUCACCCUGUGUGGCUUUAUACAAACCAGCACCUUCCUGGUCAUCACUGCCUCCUACGCCCACAUCCUCAGCACCAUCCUCCAGAUCCACGCUGCAGACAGCAGGCACAAAGCCUUCUACACCUGCACCUCCCAUCUGAUGGCUGUCGGGUUAUUCUAUGGCUCUCUCCUCUUCACAUAUUUACGGCCCAGCUCCAGCUACUCACUGGACACAGACAAAGUGAUCUCUGCAUUUUAUACUGUUGUCUUUCCCAUGCUGAACCCCCUGAUCUAUAGCCUGAGGAACAAAGAAGUGAAGGAUGCCCUAAGGAAAACAGUAGAGAGAAGAGUAUUUUCUCAGUGA